AUGAGCCACAUGUACGGCAGCCACCUCUCCCCCAUGGGCAGCCCCUCCAUGGUUUAUCUCCCGGCCGCCCUGGGCUUCGCCCCCAGCAGCGCGAUCUCCCGGCAGGACCCCCCGCAGAAGCCCCCCUACAGCUACAUCGCCCUCAUCGCCAUGGCCAUCAAGGAAGCUCCGGAGCAGAAGGUGACCCUCAGCGGUAUCUACCAGUUCAUCAUGGACCGUUUCCCUUUUUAUCACGACAACAAGCAGGGUUGGCAGAACAGCAUCCGCCACAACCUCUCCCUCAACGACUGCUUCGUCAAGGUGCCUCGGGAGAAGGGACGGCCCGGCAAGGGCAGCUACUGGACCCUGGACCCCCGGUGCUUGGACAUGUUCGAGAAUGGCAACUACCGCCGGAGGAAGAGGAAGCCCAAAGCCCCGGGGCCACCGGAGGCGAAAGGCGGCUCAGCGCCGCCAGCCCGUCCCGACGAGCCCAAGAGGGCCAAGGGGAACACGGCAGGGGACUCGGGCGAGGAGGGAGUCCCUAGGCCGGGCUCUGGUGAGAAGGCCACAACAAUUUUUACUGUGGAAGGCAAAGAGGACAAAAUGUCCCGGGAUAAACUGGAGAAGGAGAAGAUGGGAACCGAGCAGCCCCAAGUGUUGCUCUAA